AUGUUGUUCAGUUGGCCUUAUCCAGAAGCCCCAAUUGAAGGUUACUGGGGCAAACCUACCUCUUUGAUCGAUUGGUGCGAGGAAAACUAUGUUGUGUCUCCCUAUAUUGCAGAAUGGUCGAAUACUUUCACGAACAGUAUAUUUUUAAUGACCGCCUUUUAUUCUACAUACAGUGCUUGGCGUAAUAAACUGGAAACGAGGUUCGUAUUGAUAGGGCUCGGGUUCUCGCUGGUUGGUAUUGGUUCAUGGUUGUUCCACAUGACUUUACAGUACCGUUACCAAUUAUUGGAUGAAUUACCAAUGCUGUAUGCAACCAUCAUCCCAUCGUGGAGCAUUUUCGCAGAAACUCAAGAACUAUUGAUCAAAGAUGAAAAAAAGAGAAAGGAAAGCUCAUUUAGAAUCCAGAUGGUCAUUUCUUUCAUUAUGUGUGGUAUAGUCACCGUUUUGACUUGGCUGUACGUUGUCGUUCAAAAACCUGCGAUUUUCCAAGUUCUUUAUGGUAUCUUGACCGUUUUGGUGGUGAUUCUUUCUGGUUUAUUGACUUUCAACCACGUCCAUGACCCGGUCGCAAAAAAGAACCUUUUCAUCACUAUGGUUAUGGGUAUGGUGCCGUUUGUCAUUGGGUUCAUUUUCUGGCAAUUAGAUAUUCACUUGUGUUCUUUUUGGAUUUACGUAAGAAGAACGUAUUUGGCCUUGCCACUGGGUGUCUUUUUGGAACUACAUGCCUGGUGGCAUCUUUUGACCGGUACAGGUGUCUACAUCUUUGUCGUAUAUUUGCAAUAUCUAAGAAUAUUGACUCAUGGAAAUGCAGACGAGUUUGUAUUCAUUUGGAGAUGGAGAUUUUUCCCUGAGUUGGUAAGAAAGGGUUUGCCAAUCGGCACCUCUUACUCAACCGAGUAUAUGGGACCAAUUGUCAAUGCACAAUCAGAAAACGGAACAAAAAAAAAUAACUAA